GAAGCCCAAACAGCAUUCCGUAUCGGCUACAGCCGUUUUGGCUCCAGCAGUUCCGGGCGCAGGCGUUCUCUCUCUCUCCAGCGGCCAGCGCCUCUUCGCGGCCAGCGCCAUGGCUUUCUGGCGCUCCGGAGGCCACGGCGGGGGCCUCCGCGGCGUGGGCGCCAACUAUAGCGCCUACGGCGGCCCCGGGAUCCUCAGAGGCUACGCCGGGGGCCUCGGCGGCGCGGUCGGCGCCCACGGCGCGGGCGGCGCGCUCGGCGGGGGCGGCGCCCCGGGGUGCUGCGCCGAGGCCAGCGCGUGCAUGGGCUGCGGCCCCGCCUGCGGCGCCGCCUGCGCUGAGGCCUCGGGGUGCGGGGCGGGCGGCACCACCGUGCUGGGCUACGUGGGCCCGGGGGGCGACUUCGUCCAGGAGACCACCUACAGGUACGUGGGUGCCGGCGCAGGCGAGUUCGGCGUGGUUCGCAUCCCCGGGAGCGGGCCCAGCUGCUUCUUGUGCCUGGUGCUGUCCCUGGGGCUGGCGCUGCUCCUGCUGCCCCUCCUGCUCUUCGGGAUGGCGCCAGGCUCGACGACGACGACGACUACGACGACGACCACCCCUCCGUUUUUGCCGCCAAGCACGACGCCGCCGCCUGACGUGGCCGCCACCACCACAGCCGAGGAGACGACCGCCGAGCCGCCGUCGCCGCCCCCGCCGCCUCCGCCGCGUCCGCCACCGCCGCCUCCGCCGCCUCCGCCUCCGCCAACGACGACGGUGAAGAGGAUCGACUGCGGGGAGGGCGACGCCAUGAAUUGGGACGUGCCGAAGAAGGUCUACUGCUGCCUGCGUGAGGGCAGGGGGUGCCCAACGACGCCGCCCCCGCCUCCGCCCCCGCCUCCGCCUCCGCCUCUGCCUCCGCCGCCCCCGCCCCCGCCCAGAACUAUACCUGCGCCAGUGCCAGUGGUCACCACCUCCCCCUGUCCGAUCGACUGUAGCGCUGGUUACAACGACCUGGAUCCCUUGCAGUGGGUCCGCGGCUGGUCUGGCGCGAAGAAGUUAUAUUGCUGCAGGACUGCGAACAGGGGCUGCCCCUCAGAACUGCCUCCGCCCUCGGGGCUUCCGCCGUCCAACGCCCCCGCUCAACCGGACAACAGAGCGUACGAUUGCAGCGCCGGCUACCACCACUGCAUGCAUUGCUUGGAGCUCUCGUGGUCGCCGAGUAAGAUCCAGCACUGCUGCGCAAUUGAGCACAAGGGCUGCAGGGGCGAGGAGCCAGCGUGAGGAGUCUGCUGCUGGCCAGGCCCCGCUUCGGAGGUCAGCGCUAGUGCCCCCAGAAGGGCCUCGCGUGGUGUGGAGGGGCAGAGGAGGCUGAGGUUGAGGCAGGAUGGCCAGGUUGAGCCGCAGCAGUCAAGCCCGCGCGGUUCCGAAGGGGCGCACCACGCCGCGAGAGGUCAGGAUGCAGAGUAUAUCAUGCUUUUUGUUUGUUUUGUUGUCGGUGCGGCUUUGGCCUCAUCGGCGGGUGGGUGUGGGAAGGAUGAGCACGUUGCUGCCAUUAUUUUCGCUCGUAUGCGAGCGCUUAGUGACCAGCAUGUUUGUCAAGCUCAAGUAUUUUACCUUCACAGAGAGCGCGCUCCUUCCUUCAACAUGUUUGAGUUGAGGUUGCCCACCCAGUGUAGCCAGGCCCUGUCAGUUGUCCGCAGCUGUGUUCUUUCUUUCAUCAUUGUAUUCAUCUUCAUGCUUUCUCGCCCUCCUCCAAGUGCCUUGCCCUGCAGGAGUCCUACAGGAGAUGCGCCUGCGCCCGCUCCUAGACGCCUGGCACCCUGAGCCUGCCCAGGUGCCCCCAUGCCGCCCCCAACAAAAAUUAGUUGGCGCAGGUUGCGCAAUAGGUUGCGCCACCCUCCCGCUUUCAGCAUCCCGCGUUCAACCAAAUCGUCCGCUGC